AGAAUCAUAUGUUCUUGCAGAAUGUAAAAACCUACUGUUUUAGAACCAGCUAGAAAAAUAUGUGAUUAGUCAUCAAUAAAUCAAGGGAUGCAGUGAUAAAGUGCGACUACAGGACUAGGCCUACACUACAUCCAGACAUCUGCACAUUGUACUGUCGUAACUGUUAAUACGUAUCGGUACUGUUCACGACCACCCAUCCCACAUGCUCUGUUUUGCUAGAGUACAUCGCUCAUUUCUUGUGGCACCCCGAUAUUUAAGCAAGCACACCUUUAAUGGCACACAUGCUUGCUCAGUAUCACAAUCAAUACAUAGUUAUGACUGCUCCAUGCCAGAGUUGAUGUCAUUGGCACAAAAAGAAAUGGUUUUAAUUAACAACUUUAUCACAGAAGAUGAAGAGCAGUGUUUAAUGAAGGAUAUUGAGCCAAAGUGGAAAAGGCUGAAAUACCAGUUUGAUCACUGGGAUGAUGCAAUUCAGGGAUAUCGUGAAACAGAAGUAUCUAAUUGGUCAGAAACAAGUUCCAAUAUAUUGAAUAGGUUGAGAAAUGCCGCAUUUGCUGAGAAAGACAGUCAACGUGCUCUUGUACAUGUUCUUGACCUGGCAGAAGAUGGAUACAUCAAACCUCAUGUGGACUCAGUGAAGUUUUGUGGACGAGUCAUAGCUGGUUUGAGUCUGUUAACACCAUCUGUGAUGAGACUGAUUAAUGAAAAAGAUAAAUCAAAACAAAUAACUGUCCUAUUGAACAGGAGAUCUUUAUACAUAAUGCGUGACAGCAUCCGAUUUGAAUACACUCAUGAAAUAUUGAAAAAUGAGGAAUCUUUGUUUCGUGGAACUAAUAUACCAAAAGGACGGCGGAUGUCUGUAAUAUGCAGGAGCGAACCUAUAUCAGAUGAUUGUAAUGAUUCAGGAAACUUAUUUAAAGUAAUAAAGCUGAAUCCUGAUUGAAAUUGUUGUCAUAAACCAUAUAUAUAUAUAUACUCCAUUAAUCGAAGUACCUAAAGAAGUAUUCAUUGAAAAAUAUUAUACUUCUAUUUUGCUUUGUUUCUUCACUCAAUUGCAACAUAGUUGUAUAAGAAGUUGGUACUUUACAACAAAUUUAAUUUGGAGGUUUUUCAAUUUGUUUGUUGUUUUUCUCUUGCAAAUGUUGGUCUCUUAUUUUGGGUAUUGGUAUAUAUUUGGGUAUUUAAAUGUUUGUAGAGUACAGAUAGGGAUGGGCAAUGUAGAA